GCGGCGGCAGCAGCGGCGGCAUCGGCGGCGGCGGCGGCGGCGGAACCGCGGCCACAGAGUCUGCAACAGUAAACGAGCCAUGGCUGGAGCUGGCCAGCGGCGCGGGCAAGCAGCAGCCGCGGAAGACGCGCGGACUGCGUCAGGGGAGCCGGGGGCCUCAGAAUUCUAAGAAGGAGAAGGGCGAGAGGGGCCCAGGGGCGGGCGGGCUGGGGGCUUCGCGCUCGCCCAACGGCACGGAUCCUUUUUGGAAAUUAAUAUUUUAAAAAAAGCCGAGGACGCAGAGGGGAAGGUGGGGGCAAGAGGGAAGGCGAGACACACAGAGAGGGAGACAGAAUCCCACAGAGAGAGGAAGGAAGGAAGGCAGGCAACAGUCGCCGGCAGCCGAUGUGAAGACCGGACUGCGUGCGCCCUUCGCCGCCUCUGCCCGGCCUCAUCGAUGUUGUGUCCGUCGCCCGCUCGCCCGGAUCACGAUGAACGCGCAGCUGACCAUGGAGGCGAUCGGCGAGCUGCACGGGGUGAGCCAUGAGCCGGUGCCCGCUCCUGCCGACCUCCUGGGCGGCAGUCCCCACGCGCGAAGCUCUGUGGCGCACCGUGGCAGCCACCUGCCCCCCGCGCACCCGCGUUCCAUGGGCAUGGCGUCCUUGCUGGACGGCGGUGGCGGCGGCGGCGAUUACCACCACCACCACCGGGCCCCCGAGCACAGCCUGGCCGGCCCCCUGCACCCGACCAUGACCAUGGCCUGCGAGACUCCCCCAGGUAUGAGCAUGCCCACCACCUACACCACCUUAACCCCUCUGCAGCCGCUGCCGCCCAUCUCCACCGUCUCGGACAAGUUCCCUCACCAUCACCACCACCACCAUCACCACCACCACCCGCACCACCACCAGCGCCUGGCGGGCAAUGUGAGCGGUAGCUUCACGCUCAUGCGGGACGAGCGCGGGUUGGCCUCCAUGAAUAACCUGUAUACCCCCUACCACAAGGACGUGGCCGGCAUGGGCCAGAGCCUCUCGCCCCUCUCCAGCUCCGGUCUCGGCGGCAUCCACAACUCCCAGCAAGGGCUCCCUCACUAUGCCCACCCGGGCGCCGCCAUGCCCACUGACAAGAUGCUCACCCCGAACGGCUUUGAAGCCCAUCAUCCGGCCAUGCUCGGCCGCCACGGCGAGCAGCACCUCACGCCCACCUCGGCCGGCAUGGUGCCCAUCAACGGCCUUCCUCCGCACCAUCCCCACGCCCACCUGAACGCCCAAGGCCACGGGCAGCUCCUGGGCACAGCCCGGGAGCCCAACCCUUCGGUGACCGGCGCACAGGUCAGCAAUGGAAGUAAUUCAGGGCAGAUGGAAGAGAUCAAUACCAAAGAGGUGGCGCAGCGUAUCACCACCGAGCUCAAGCGCUACAGCAUCCCACAGGCCAUCUUCGCGCAAAGGGUGCUCUGCCGCUCCCAAGGGACCCUCUCGGACCUGCUGCGCAACCCCAAACCCUGGAGCAAACUCAAGUCCGGCCGGGAGACCUUCCGGAGGAUGUGGAAGUGGCUGCAAGAGCCGGAGUUCCAGCGGAUGUCUGCACUCCGCUUAGCAGCAUGCAAAAGGAAAGAACAAGAACAUGGGAAGGAUAGAGGCAACACACCCAAAAAGCCCAGGUUGGUCUUCACAGAUGUCCAGCGUCGAACUCUACAUGCAAUAUUCAAGGAAAAUAAGCGCCCAUCCAAAGAAUUGCAAAUCACUAUUUCCCAGCAGCUGGGGUUGGAGCUGAGCACCGUCAGCAAUUUCUUCAUGAACGCGAGGAGGAGGAGUCUGGACAAGUGGCAGGACGAGGGCAGCUCCAAUUCAGGCAACUCAUCUUCUUCAUCAAGCACUUGUACCAAAGCAUGAAGGAAUAACCACAAACUAAACCUCGGUGGAAAAGCUUUAAAUAAAAAAAAUUUUUAAAAGACCAGGACCUCAAGAUAGCAGGUUUAUACUUAGAAAUAUUUGAAGAAAAAAAAAGUGUUAUUUAUAGUCCAAAGAAACCAAAGACUUAGCUCACCUGCAUUCUGACUUUGUUUGGAGACACACACUUCAGCGGGGCAACAACUUGGCAAGAAAAACCAUGAGCAGGAAAGCACCACUGGAUCUCACAUCUUCAAUCCAUGAUCAUUCUCGCUGUGCUUGGCUGUUUCGUGGUUUGGAGCAUAGUGAUUUUGAGCCAUUGAGUGGACCUCUCUUAAGACCAGACUUUCUCAUCUGUUCCACCAUGCCUCGAAGGUGUAUGGUGUCUCAGUACUGUGUGUGGGUACGUGAGUGCAUACAUACACACACACACACACACAUACACACAUGCACACACCACCAGUGGUUAGGGACUUAGGCAGGGCUGGUCUUCAGGAAGGGUUGUGCUAUAGGGGUGCAACCAACAUAGUGUGGGGUUGUCUGAGUUAAUUGGAUAGGAGUGUGAUUUCUCUCAUCUAGCCUAGCGUUUGAACCUGCCAGGCCCACAACCUAAAUGCAGAUUCAAACCCAGCAAAGAAAAUUUGAAUGACACCUAAACCAGUGCAUUCUCUUUGUUUGUUAAGGAAUGUUCAGAUAUUUUUUAAGAAAUGAAACAAGAGUCCAUCCAUUAAAAAAAAAAAUCACCUAGGUACCAAAGAACACACUUAAUAUUAUAGUGCAGGUAUUUUAUUGCAAUGAUUUUAAUAACCAAAGCUAUUUUUACACAAGAUACUAUGUAAAGUUAUACGUAUGAACUGAUCUAGCUGUAAUACACAUGCCACAUAGGAUCAUGACUAUUAUUUAUGACUCUUGACGCAUUUGAAAUAUUAGUUUUCAGAACUGGCAAGAAAGAAUGUAGCUUCAGGGAAGCAAUUAAUAUCAUAAGAGAGAGGUCAGUGUAGUGGACAGGUACAGCCAGAUGGCACACUCCCUUGUGGGAUCCGUAAAUGACACUUAAGUAGACACGUAGACAUGAUGCCAUAAUCUGUUUAUAGCUGAGAAAACCUGGGGAUUCUUCCAUAGUAGGACCCCAUUUGUAAAUUAGAAAACUAAGUUUAGCAGAGCAAGUAAUUAAAUUAGAAAAUUUGUUCUAAGUAAUGCUUUUUUAGUAAGAGACCACUGAAUAAAGGAUAUCACAUUUAGAUUAAUUUGACUUAAAGUUGCUUUUUGCAUUUGACACCAAAUACCUUUUUAAAAUACUCUGCAAACACACAAAGUGAGCAGACCAACAUUAUUAUUAAAACGAACUAUCCAGUAUUUGUAGCCAAAUUGAUUUCAUUGCCAAUCACAGAUACCGUGUGACUUGGACAUCACUAGAAAUAGCAGAUCCAACUGAGAAAUGGUGGAACAGCGUAAAAAACACCAGAGUUCUAGUGGAAGAUUUUAGGUUGUCUAGGCACAAAGCUAUUUAUUUCACUAAGCAUAGCCUCCAAAGUGUACUACAUUCUUUCUUGCUACUGCAUUAAGCUGGAAAUUUUAUGACAUGGAGUUCACUCUCUAACGGAGACAGAUAGAACCCUAGACCUGAGCUUCUAAAUACAAAAUUUUCAAUUUCUAUUAUUCCAAAUCACUUAACCGCAGCUGGAGAAAUCAAGGGGGAAGAAAAAAAGCUGACACAGUUGUAGUAGUAGUACCCAAGUGAAUCACUUGCUUCCCAGAAAAAUUCUCUCUGAAUGCCAAUGAAUUAUAACUUUUCAUAGCAGAGGAUCCCUUUGUACUAUUAGGUAAAGAAUUGGGUGCUCUUGGUUAAUUACCACACCUAAUUAGAAAUAUAAAAUGAAAUGUAAUCUCCACAACAAGUUGUUGAUUGAGAGUCAUUAAAAUGUUAAAAAGAAUUUGAACCAUCUUGACACAAAAACCUAACCCCCUAAGGUCAAAUCUGAGCAUCUUGUCUAGGUCUAGAAGAGACAGACACCUGGAAAGAUAAAGCUAUACCUACAAGCCAUCUGGCUGUCCUUCAUAUCUGCUAUAGAAUGAGAAAAGCAAGCCAACACAUGCUUCUCUUUUAAUGAAACAGCGCAUUUGCCUUGACACAUUUUGUCUUAGUAUUUGUUUUAAUCUCACACCAAAUUCCAGCUUAAAAUUUUCCCUUCCAAACAUGGCACAAUUACACUUCAGCUAUUAAAAGAGACCAUUUCAAUGGCCUUCCCUAGAGAUUUGCUUAACAUAUAAUCUUGUCAAUGACAUAAACCAAAAGGAGAAAAAUGAUUAACUUUUUGCCUCACUCCGGAAUGGAGGGGGCCAGGAGUACAGCUAUAUAUUUAUAAUUUAGGAGGGAGGAAAGCCUUAUUUAUUUAAAACACGAGAAUUUUAAAUUCAGGGAAACUCAAGCUGUGUCUACACACAAUCUUACCAAAUUCAGCACCCCAGAAAAAACAAAAGUUGAAUUAUAACACCAUGUUUUUUUGUUUUGUUUUUGCUAUAUUGCCCCUUCAGAUUAAUCUAAUUGCAUUUUACAUUUCUGACCAAUUAUUUUGGUACUGUGUAGACACAGCCUCAAAGAAUAUUGCUACAUUUAUAAUAUUCCCAUCAUUAUGGUUUUUUGAAAAAUAAUCCAGUGAUCCUAUUUGCUAACACCAAAGAUAAUUUUCAUACCAGCAUUGAAUUUGCACCCAUUACACAAUUUCAGGGCCUAGAGAUAUAUUUUCUCAUAAGCAGAUGCACAAAUCAGAGCCUGAAAAGCAAUUUUUUUACUAGACUGUUCAAGCAUACUCACAAACUUUGCUUUUCAAAAUCAUAAUAGACAAACUCUGCUUCUCAUGAGCAAUACACUCGUUACGUCGUACAUAACCGAUGAUUGCUUCUAACUUGGCAUGUAGCAUUGAUUUACGGCUCAGGUUUCGUAACCUACCACAUUCAGUGGAGCAGAUCACGUGCCAUUUGCUCACCCAUUAUUUCUCAGUCCUUUCGCAAAAUUCACCCAAAAAGGUACCUCAGUCUUUCAUCUGUAUGUUUGUUGAUUCCAGUGCUACACUCACAUGUUUUGGGGGUUUUUUGGUAGAGGAAGUUAGACUAUUUUUGACCAUCCAUCAUUCAGGUCCUCUCAUGACCAGAAGCAUGAGAGAGAGAGAGAGUGGGAGAUGUGAAGUCUGGACACUCCCAAGAGCCCAGAUUUCAGUAAGUCUUCAGGUAAAUGAGGUCUGGAUGUCAGGAACUAAUGGAAGCAGCUGGCAUAGAUCCCCAAACACAGAGAGCAUGUGGAGGAAUUCAGACAUUCCAACUGAACAUGUCACUCACUCUGCCCCCAAAAAAAGCAUAAUUACUUUUCCAGGACAAAAAUGAAAGUACUGCGCUACUUUUGGACUCCUGCCACUCCCAUUGCUACCCCAGGUGAAUGAU